AGUGACUCCCCGUAUCACCUAGAAGAUGCUUUAGGUGGAGGACAAGGAUCUUUCUCAGCCUCUUGCAGAACAUCUUUUCUUUUUGCUCAGGAAGAAAUCCAGGCCCGUCUGCAGGCGCUCAAGGAAGAGAGAAAAAAAUGCCUGGAAAGCAGGAAAUCCGGAGAAAGGAGGAGCUCAUAUCUGGAGAAAACCAAAGAUGAGAGGGAGAAGAUAGUGCGUGAAUUUGAGCAUUUGCACCAGUUUUUGAAGGACCAAGAGCACCUCCUUCUGACCCGGCUGGCAAACCUGGACAGGGCCAUCACAAAAGUCCAGGAGGAAGCCACAGCGAAGAUCACAGAGGAGAUGUGCCACCUCGACACCCUGAUCUGGGAGAUGGAGGGGAAAUUCCAGCAGCCGGCAAGUGAAUUCCUGCAGGACAUCCGAAGUCUCCUGAGUAGCUGUGAGAAGAUGAAGUUCAACCCUCCCGUGGACAUUUCCCCUGAGCUGGAAAGAAGGCUUGAAGAGUUUGUUCAGAAAAACGUCCGUGUUAGAUGCACCCUGAGGAAAUGCCAAGACAGCCUGAUGUUUAAAUUGCAAGAGCCAACCAACGUGACCCUGGAUCCAGCCACGGCUCACUCCAACCUCCACCUCUCUGAGGACCGGAAACAAGCCAAGGGCCACCUCGCACAGCAGGACCUUCCCGACAACCCCGAGAGAUUUGACUUUGAGCCCUGCGUGCUGGGCUGCGAGGGCUUCACCUCCGGGAAGCAUUUCUGGGAGGUAGAGGUAGGGCAGGGGGGUGUCUGGGCCCUGGGAGUGGCCCGAGAGUCGGUGAAGAGGAAGGGGCAGAUCAGCCUGACCCCCAAGGAGGGGGUCUGGGCGCUGGAAGCAUACCACUCUCUUACCUCCCCCCGUGCCAACCUGCGCCUCAACCCGCUUCCCAGGAGGAUACGGGUCUCCCUGGACUAUGAAGCGGGACGGGUGGCGUUUUUCAGCACGGAUGACGAGACGCCCAUCUUGGUUUAUAGCAGGGCCUCGUUCAACGGCGAGAGGGUCGUCCCCUGGUUCAAGAUGGGGAUAGGGGCGCGUCUGCGAGAAAUCACCCAACACCCGCCCUCAGAGGACCAGUCCGUGGCUGGGCAGCUCAUGUCCCCUCUGGACUGGGUGGGGUUCGGGUCUCCCCUCAGGAUCUGUUCUUGAGGUUCUCCUCAGGAUCUGUUCUUGAGGUUCCCAUCAAUCAGAUCUCAAAAAAAAGGGGGGGGGGG